CAACAGCAAUGGCCUCCAACCUAAUAGCAUGCUUAAAACGUAGCUUCCAACUGGCCGGUGUCGCCAAGCACUUGAGUAGCCUGCACCUCGAACUGUGAGAUGGCCGUGGAGGAGGAGGAGAUCAUAUGCCGCUACUGCUUUAGUGGCCAUGAGGAUGGAGAGCUCAUCUCACCUUGCAAGUGCGCGGGUGGUCAGAAAUAUGUACACUUGAAAUGCCUUCGCCAGUGGCAACGGAUGGUCUUGGUGACCCAGCCGACCCAUCCAGCCUUUUACGACAGAGACCUGAGGCAUCAGACCUGCAAUGUGUGCAAAUCGGAAUUCUCAUGCGCACCGCCCACACGCCACGAGCUGAUGGCCUCCUUCACUGGACCUGAGAUUGCAGCUCUCAUCGACGUGGGCUGUGUCAUUGCUUCGCAUGAGGCAUUUUCAGCAGAGUUGGAGAGAAGUUUGGCGGCAAUGCCACCCAUGUUGAGGCACAGCAGCAGCUAUGAGCAUUGGAUUCGUGGCGUGUUCCUCAUUACACAGGUGGAGCCGGACGAAGGAAAGCUGACCCUCCGAGUUGAUUCAGAAGGCGUGCUCCAAAGAGUUCGCGCCAAGAUGGACGACAGACUUAGCCUUACAUCACAGGGUCGCCGUUGGCGUGUGGCAGCCGGGGGGGAAUUGGAAGGUGUGCAGGCCAAUGCGCUUGCUGAUGCUUUUGCAGGAUUGAAAGCUCCAUGCACUCUUGUCCUAGAAUCAGAUGAGCCGGAGAAUUGCGGCAAUGAUCAUGUUGUGGCUGUGAACCUGACAAGACCGCUGGAUUUGCCACCAGACCGUGGGUUGGUGGACAGGGCGAUGCAAGCAGUUUGCAAAAAGUACCGGAAAGCCAGCUCAGUGGAGAUCACCCAUUUCAUGGGAGGGCCAUGCCAAGAAAAGGAAUUGAUGUGCUGCGUUGUGCUUGGCGGAGGAGGUUGUGGAUGGACCGUGCUGAAGGACCUCUCACGAGCGAUUGAGCUGGCCUUCAGUCGUGCUGUCAAGCGCCAAGAUGCAGAAGGUGAUAUUCACGCUGGCCAGACUGUCCGACUCCAAGGCUUGCAGGGAGCUGCUCAUUUGAAUGGCGAGAUCGGCCUGGCUUUGCGCUUUAAUGCAGACUCGGGCCGCUGGCUGGUGCGCCUACGGAAUGGAGAUGGCAAGCAGCUCCGGCCUGCAAACCUUGAGGGCCUUGAGGGCUCCAAUGGUCGAGUCUUUGCUGUGUGGGGAGAUGCACGUUGGUCUCGGGCACAAUUACUGGGCGAGAUUGCCAAAGGUGACUGGGGUCUUUGUAGAGCCAACAUUGGUGAUCUCACAGCUGGUCCAAUGGAACGCUGGCCGGCCACUCGCUUACGCCUUGCCUUUGCACCUAUCACAGAGAUGACAGAAAGCUACAUGAGGGAGGCUCAGCGGGAGAUGAAUGCAGCUAGACAGACAUUGCAGAUGCAUGCAGAACCUCGAGAGAUCGAAGAUGAGCCAGUCCGAGAGGACACAACUUCCACUGCUCCCGGAACUGCGUCAGAACAAGAAGUGGCACUCUUGCUGAGCCAGGAAUAAAAGCAAGGCAA